AUGCAAGUCUCCAUCAAAUCCGUCCUCCUCGCCGUUAUCGGCACACUCACUCUCGUCCACGCCUCGCCCACCGGCGCCGACGGCCUGCUCUCCCGAGAAGCGAUCCCCGAGCCCAAGGCCGACUGCUGCUCCUGCGACCUGGAGAACCGUGGGGCCGGCAACUACAUCUGCCGGGUCCCAAAGAAGGGCAUCUGCGUCGUGCCCGCCAUCGCGUGCCCGCACGACCCAGUCACGCAGGAGCUUUGCUGCUGCUGCGAUCCCAAGGUCCCCGCCACGCGCUGCCAGGCGGUCCCGAAGGGUAGCGGCUGUAUCUGCACCGCGGUCAAAUGUCCUUUCCAGUUCGACCCAUCGUUUUUGCCGGUUUCUAGUCUCUAG